GAGAAACAUUAAUUCUGCAGGAUUGGAGGGGCAUGAUUUGUCAUUUUGCAAAUGGGCCGGGCGGGGUUACAGAUUGGUGCAGAUCUGAAGAGAGAGAAAGAAGAGGGAAAAAAAGGUAGUGAGAUGAUAAGUACAAUUCACAACACCACCAAUACAAAAACAAAACAAACGGACACAGACAUUAUUUUCUUGUUUAGAGAGAGAAAUUAAAAACACACCCAACAAAUUUGAGAUAAGAGAGAGAAAAAGUGAGAGAGAGAAAGAAGAAGAAGAAGACCACAUCGUCACUGUUUUUUUUUGUUGUGUUGCGGCGGUGGGGGGGAAGAAGGAAAAACGGCGUCCUUAUGUAGGUGAGGUGUCCUUAUGAUGAAGAAGACGUGCUACUGGAUGCGGCCUUUUUCUUCUGUGAUCUACAAUCUUGCAAUUACCGAGAACAAAGAGUAACAGGAAGCUCUAUGAAGUAGCGUACUACUUUUUUCUGGCUGUUCUCCACUAGAAAAACAAAAUAAAAAAGAAGUGGUUAUCAUUCUGGGGAAAUUAAUCCGUAGGUUAGAUGAAGGAUAUGGUGGAGAAGAACUUGGACUCUCAGUUAUGGCAUGCCUGUGCAGGAGGCAUGGUCCAGAUGCCUGCUGUGAACUCCAGGGUGUUUUACUUUCCACAGGGCCAUGCUGAACAUACUCUAGCUAAUGUUGAUUUCUCGGGCCUCGGAAGAAUCCCGCCUUUGAUUCUUUGCCGGGUCGCUGCUGUGAAGUUUUUGGCUGACUCUGAGACUGAUGAGGUCUAUGCUAGAAUUAGGUUGGUUCCUGUUGGGAACAAUGACAGUCGAUUUGAGCUUGAUGAUGAGGCUGGUUCUUUGGUGAACAAUGGGUCUGAUUCAUCUGCUGAGAAACCUGCAUCUUUUGCUAAGACUUUGACCCAGUCAGAUGCCAAUAAUGGUGGGGGGUUUUCAGUUCCAAGGUACUGUGCAGAAACCAUUUUCCCCCGACUGGAUUACACUGCUGAUCCCCCAGUGCAAACCGUCGUUGCAAAGGAUGUUCAUGGUGAAACUUGGAAGUUCAGGCAUAUUUACCGAGGGACACCAAGGAGACAUUUGCUGACCACGGGAUGGAGUACUUUUGUGAACCAGAAGAAAUUAAUUGCUGGUGAUUCAAUUGUGUUUCUGCGGGCAGAAAAUGGUGAUCUCUGUGUCGGUAUCCGGAGAGCUAAAAGGAGUGGCAUAGGUGGCCCUGAAUCCCCUUCUGGCUGGAAUUCUGCUUCUGGGAAUUUUGGGGGAUUCUCAAUGUUUCUCAGAGAAGAUGAAAACAAGAUGAUGAGAAGUGGUAGUCACGGGAAUCUGAAUUCUCCUGGCAGUGGCUCCAGUUUGAAGAGCCGGGGAAGAGUGAGGGCUGAGUCGGUAAUUGAAGCUGCUUCUCUUGCUGCCAAGGGGCAGCCUUUCGAGGUCGUAUAUUACCCUCGUGCAAGUACUCCUGAGUUUUUUGUUAAGGCUUCUUCGGUGAGUUCUGCAAUGAGAGUACAGUGGUGUGCUGGCAUGAGGUUCAAGAUGCCAUUUGAAACUGAGGAUUCUUCUCGGAUAAGCUGGUUCAUGGGAACGAUUGCUACUGUUCAGGUUGCUGAUCCCAUCCGCUGGCCUAAUUCACCAUGGAGGCUUCUUCAGGUGACCUGGGAUGAACCUGAUCUGCUACAAAAUGUCAAGCGUGUUAGCCCAUGGCUUGUUGAAUUGGUGUCUAACAUGCCCGUCAUUCAUCUUUCUCCUUUCUCACCACCAAGAAAGAAGUUGCGACUUCCGCAACACACUGAUUUUGCUCUUGACGGACAUUUUCCAAUGCCGUCAUUUUCAGGCAACCCUCUUGGGCCAAGCAGUCCCUUGUGUUGUCUAUCUGACAACCUACCUGCAGGCAUACAGGGAGCCAGGCAUGCUCAAAUUGGAGUCCCCUUAUCGGAUCUCCAUAUAAGCAACAAAAUGCAUUUGGGACUGUUAUCCCCCGGUUUUCAGCGGUUGGAUCCAUUUGCUAAAAUUUCUGAUGGUCUCAUCAGAGGACACGUGGAUGGUACCGAGGAUAUAUCCUGCUUGUUAACCAUGGGGAAUUCAAACCAAAAUGUGGAAAAGACCAACAGUGUUAAGACACCUCAAUUCUUACUCUUUGGUCAGCCCAUACUCACGGAGCAGCAAAUGUCCCAUGGUUGCUCCAGUGAUGCAGUUUCUCAAGUGGGCAAGAGUUCGUCUUGUGGGGUAUCGCUGAAGUCAGAAUGUUUUUCUUCUGACCAGAAAGUUGAUCGAGAUAACCUGCCAAAUCGUGGUUUUUUCUGGAAUCAUGGAUUUCGUGCUGUUGAACUUGGUCUCGAUACAGGCCACUGCAAAGUGUUCUUGGAAUCAGAAGACGUUGGCAGGUCUCUUGAUCUUUCAGUUCUUGGUUCUUAUGAAGAGCUAUAUAAAAAGCUGGCUGGCAUGUUCGGUAUGGAGAGAUCGGAAAUCGAAGGACAUGUGUUCUGCCGCGAUGCAAAUGGUGCUCUUAAACAAGCUGGAGCUGAACCAUUUGGGUAUAUUCAUGAUUUUAUAGUUGUUUGUUGUGCUUACAUGUUGAAAUAUGCAAGUACAUAAUAGCUGGGCAUGGUGAGAUCUGGGUUGAUCUGCGUUUUAAUUUAUCCUUUUGUUUUCCUUAUACAGUGACUUCAUGAAGACGGCCAAAAGAUUGACCAUUUUUACCAAAUCAGGGAAUAACAAUAUUGGAAGGUAAUAAUUAUUUACUCUAGUGUGGCAUUGGUCCAUCUAUUUUCUCGUUGAUUGGAUUCAUUUACUUUCCGCAGAUCUCUAGUUAGUUUUGUUAGCUCUGAAUGUAUUCUUGCAAUGGUUUUGAUGUGUAGAUCAAGACAUGACGUCGGCUCUAACCUUCUUGUCUUUCAGGAAAUGGUUUACUGGUCUACCAACUGCCGAGCGAGGACUUGAUUCUUCAAACCAGACAGGACCGCUGAGCAUAUUUGCUUAGUAGUGGAUGUGGAUUCAGUCUUGGCGUAGUUGGUGUAGAAAGAGUUGACAAUUGUUCAAAUGCUUGCUGUUGUCGACUUCUUAUGUAAUUAGGAACUUCAUUACGUGGGGAGUUCUCUAGUAUUACUUUGUUCAACUGUUUAGCAUAUAAACUUUUCGAGACUGGGAAAACUUGUUCUGGUUGAGGUUUUCAUUACUAGUUCUAGUUUGUAUUGCUAAAACUGUAAUGGUUCAGUAAAUGUGAACUUGGCGUAGUCAUAUGUCAGUCAUGAACAAAAAGUUUCAUUAGUGUCGGAAUGCCAAUGUGAAUCUGUGCAUGUUUGCACUGAACCUAAAAUCUCUCGCAUAGAUCUCUAUGGUAAGAGUUGAUUCAUUUCCUU